AUGUCUUCUCUUGCUUUCAGAACAUUAAGAAAUGGUUUAGGAUUAAAGAGUUCUGUCAGAGCUUUGUCAACAACUACCACCACUUUGUCUAACUAUCAACAACCAGAUUACUCCUCCUAUUUGAACAACAAAUCCGGUCAAGGAAGUAGAAACUUUACUUAUUUCAUGGUUGGAUCCAUGGGUUUAUUAUCAGCUGCCGGUGCCAAAUCUACCGUUGAAGCUUUUCUUUCAUCCUUUGCUGCCUCAGCCGAUGUUUUGGCUAUGGCUAAGGUUGAAGUCAAAUUAGGAGCUAUCCCAGAAGGUAAGAAUGUGAUUAUCAAAUGGCAAGGUAAACCAGUUUUCAUCAGACACAGAACAGCUGACGAGAUUGAAGAAGCCAACCAAGUUAAUAUCAAAUCUUUAAGAGACCCACAAAAUGAUUCAGACAGAGUUAAGAAACCGGAAUGGUUGGUUAUGUUGGGUAUCUGUACUCACUUGGGUUGUGUUCCAAUUGGUGAAGCUGGUGAUUUCGGUGGUUGGUUUUGUCCAUGUCACGGUUCCCAUUAUGAUAUUUCUGGUAGAAUUAGAAAGGGUCCAGCUCCAUUGAACUUGGAAAUUCCAGAGUAUGACUUUACUGAUGAUGAAACAUUGCUUGUUGGUUAG